UAUUAUAGGUAUUCUGCGUCUCUGUUAGAUUUGUAGUUUUUCAAUUUCAGAUAUUUCAAUAUCAAAGCGAUUUGUAUUUAGUGCCAUCGAUUUAUUCUUAAUACGUGAUUCGUAUUUUUACGUCCCCGUAUUCAGUUAAUUAAAAUUUUCAAUGGUGGUUCCAUUCACAACGAUACGUUAACGAUUGCCGCUGUGACCGAACUGGAUGACAGACGCCAAAUAAUAACAAUAAUAAUAGGUACAUUAUUGCUGUCAUCAUUGUUAUAGCUAUUAUGGUUCCGCAUCCGAUAUUCGUCAUGAAUGCUGAAACGUCUCGUUACUACAUCGACAACCUGUACACUCAAGACAACGCAAAAUGCUAUCAGGCGCUCAACUUCGUCAAAAAUUCCAUCAUGGGCAGUAACAAACAGAAGGGAAUAGUCAUCGCUAACGGCAUACUUCCCAGGCUUCUGCAGGUGUUACCUGACCAAACAAAAACACCAGAUAUCCGUCUAGAAACUGUAGUAAUACUUGGCUCAUUGGCUAAAGGAUCUGAAGACCAAGUUAAGGCAUUGGUAGAUGCCAAUGUUGUUACGUACAUAUUCAAUGCUUUUCUCAUGGACGAUGAACCAAAAUUUAUAGAAGCAUGUCUUCGUUGCAUAUGUACCAUUCUACAAUAUCCCUUUUCUGAUUAUUCUGUAGUGUUUAGUGAUGCAGCCAUUAUAAGAAAGCUAAUUAAAACUAUUGAAGAUUCUAUUAGCAACAGUAUUUGUGCCAUGUCUAUAUUAUCUUAUUCUUGUCGUACAACAGCUCAUCAAAAUAUUUUAUGGGAAGAAGGAAUCGGUUUGAUUUUGGCUAAUCUACUAAACACUGAGGUGGAUGAUUUAUCCAUUGCCACGUUGAAAUGUUUUGCCCGUGUUUGCCAAGAUAAUCCAAUGAUUUCUGCAGCUUUGGAAGAGACUGAAUAUAAUGGCGAGACAAUAUCAGAUGUAUUAGACUCCAUGCGAGGUGGUGAUCGACCAACUAGUAUGCGUUUAGCCGCAUCAAAAUGCAUAACAUGCCUCUAUAGAGCAGGAGCUAUAAAUGUAAAUGAUUAUAAAGUAAUGUAUGGAACAUUACCUACUCUUGUGCGUUUAUGUCAAAAUGACCAAAAAUGGGAACAUCGUGUAGAAGCAGCUGAAAUUUUAGCUGUAAUAAUUGAGGAUGAUGCUGAACUUCAAUAUUUAGCGAGUAUAUCAAAUCACCUGUUACAAACACUAGCAGAGUUUGUGAAUUAUCCUACACAUCCUUUGGGGGAAUAUGGUGGCACUUAUGGAGAACAUAGGUCUAAAGAAAUGAAACAGGCUGCUUUCAAAGUAUUUGCAUCUCUUGGGGCAAAUGACGAAGAAAUUCGUAAGCGAAUAAUUGAAACGGACAAUUUAAUUGAUCAUAUUGUUUUAGGUUUGAAAGAUCCUAGUCCUAAAGUGCAAUUAGCUGCUGUUCGAUGUUUACAUUCUUUGUCACGUUCUGUCCAGCAACUACGUACAACUUUUCAAGAUCAUUCUGUUUGGAAACCUUUAAUGACAUUAUUAGAAGGUGCUUCAGAUGAAAUUCUAAGUGUCACCUCGUCCACACUAUGUAAUCUUUUAUUAGAAUUUUCACCAUCCAAAGAACCCAUUUUAGAGUCGGGAGCUAUAGAACUAUUUUGCAGCUUAACCAAACGAGAAGAUCAUUCGUUAAGACUUAAUGGAAUAUGGGCAUUAAUGAAUAUGGCGUUCCAAGCAGAACAAAAAAUUAAAUCACAAAUCUUGAGUACUUUGGGAACUGACCAAAUAUUCAAUUUGUUAUCCGAUUCUCAUAUUAACAUUCUAAUGAAAACAUUAGGGCUGUUAAGAAAUUUGCUUUCAACAAAACCCCACAUCGACUAUAUUAUGAACCUUUGCGGUGGUGAUAUAAUACAGGCUGUGAUGAUGAUUCUCGAAGGUGAUCAUUUGCCAGAGGUAAAGGAACAGGCAUUAUGUAUUUUAGCAAACAUUGCUGACGGUGAUAUUGCUAAGGAUUAUAUAAUGAGAAAUAAUGAAAUAUUGAAAAAAAUACAAGAAUACAUGACAAAUUGUAAUGCAAAAUUACAAGCUGCAGCAAUAUUUUGUGUUUCAAAUCUAGUGUGGAAAGAAGAUAGUGGUGCAGCUGACAGACAAGCCAAAUUAAAAGAAAUGGGCAUUUUUAAACUUUUGCAGCAAUUGAUAACAACAUCAGAUUCAUUGUUGUUUGAUAAAGUAAAAACUGCAUUGACCCAGUUUUCAGACUCUUGACAAAUCAGCUGUUACAACUUACCGCCUUCUGUUGGCGUGUAAGCAAAAUGUUUAUUUAUUUAUCAUUUCAUUAAAAACGAAGCCUUCGAAAAUUUAUUGUAAUCUUAUUUUGUUUAUUAAAAAUUAUAAAUUGUGAAAGGCAAUGUUGUUAUAAACAUUUGUAAAAAAUUUCUUUUGAUUCUAAAAAAUCUAUUGUAUAAUUUUUUUUUUAUCUUUAUUCAUUAUUAUUAUAUUAUUUGUUAAUUAUUUUAAUUUAGCUGAUAAAAAUUUUGUUUUCAUCAUAUGAUUAUACUAAAUAUAAUUUAAUAUUUGUACUCUUAAA